CGGUGGCACUCGAGACACCAGCUGCAGGACGCGGCGGACCGCUGAGGUGCGGACCUGGGCUGAUGGAGCCGCCGAAGGUGGAAAAGUUCAGCACCGCCAAUAGGGGAAACGGGCUGCGCGCCUUGGCGCAGCUGCGCCCAGGAGAGCUGCUCUUCCGCUCGGAUCCCUUGGCGUACACGGUGUGCAAGGGGAGUCGUGGCGUCGUCUGCGACCGCUGCCUCCUAGGGAAGGAAAAGCUGAUGCGGUGUUCUCAAUGCCGAGUUGCAAAAUACUGUAGUGCUAAGUGUCAGAAAAAAGGUUGGCCAGACCACAAGUGGGAAUGCAAAUGCCUUAAAAGCUGCAAACCCAGGUAUCCCCCGGAUUCUGUUCGACUGCUUGGCAGAGUUGUUUUCAAACUUAUGGAAGAAACACCGUCUGAAUCGGAGAAACUUUACUCAUUUUAUGAUCUGGAGUCAAAUAUUAACAAAAUGACUGAAGAUAAGAAAGAGGGCCUCAGGCAACUCGUAAUGACAUUUCAACAUUUCAUGAGAGAAGAAAUCCAGGAUGCUUCUCAGCUGCCACCUUCCUUUGACAUUUUUGAAGCUUUCGCAAAAGUGAUCUGCAAUGCUUUCACCAUCUGUAAUGCGGAGAUGCAGGAAGUUGGUGUUGGCCUAUAUCCGAGUAUGUCUUUGCUCAAUCAUAGCUGUGACCCCAAUUGUUCCAUUGUGUUCAAUGGGCCCCACCUCUUACUGCGAGCAGUCCGGGACAUCGAGGCAGGAGAGGAGCUCACCAUCUGCUACCUGGACAUGUUGAUGACCAGUGAGGAGCGCCGGAAGCAGCUGAGGGACCAGUACUGUUUCGAAUGUGACUGUUUGCGAUGCCAAACCCAAGACAAGGAUGCUGAUAUGCUCACUGGCGAUGAGCAAGUAUGGAAGGAAGUUCAAGAAUCCUUGAAAAAAAUUGAGGAACUGAAGGCACAUUGGAAGUGGGAACAGGUGCUGGCCAUGUGCCAGACGAUCAUCAGCAGCAACGCCGAACGCCUUCCCGACAUCAACAUCUACCAGCUGAAGGUGCUCGACUGUGCUAUGGAUGCGUGCAUCAACCUCGGUCUGCUGGAGGAGGCCUUGUUCUAUGGGAUCCGGACCAUGGAGCCGUACAGGAUUUUUUUCCCCGGAAGCCAUCCUGUCAGAGGGGUGCAGGUAAUGAAAGUGGGCAAACUACAGUUGCACCAAGGCAUGUUCCCCCAGGCGAUGAAGAACCUCAGACUGGCUUUUGAUAUUAUGAGAGUGACCCACGGCAGAGAGCACAGCCUGAUUGAAGAUUUGAUCCUACUUUUAGAAGAAUGUGAUGCCAACAUAAGAGCAUCCUAAGGGGUGCAGUCAGAGGGAAGGACGGCUUCUACCCUUAUUGAAUGUCAUAUAGAGGUCACACACUCUACACUGUGUGAGCCUCCCUACUGGGAAUGUGAUUCUCUGUUCAUGUAGGUAAACAAAGGCAGACAUACAGUGUGCAAACCACAAGAAUCAUUCGUUGUAGAGAAGCACAAUUAUAAGAAAUAUAAAAAAUUUGGUUGAAAAUGCCAUCUGGUAAUCGUUUGCUUCCUCAUUGGUUGACUUCAGUGUUUAAGAUCUCAACAUUCUCAACAUGAAGGAUAGAAAGUUCUAUUAAAAGCAUGGUAGAAUAAGUUGUAACUUUCUCCUUGGCUAUCUGUGGGGAUAAUUGAAUUAAA